CUUCCACCAUGUUGGCUAACUUCUUUAUUUAUCUUUCAUCAUGCACAUCGCACAAACGAUGACAAAAGUAACGGUAAUCCCUUGAUUCUACGAGAAUGUUGCUGCAAAAGAUCGUUCUCGGGUCUAUAUACAGGUCCUUUCGGGCAACGCAAAGGUCGCUAGGGCUGUCAAUCCGACAGUCUUCCACAAUACCUACGCCUCCUAGGUAUAAGGGAAGGGCGCUCAAAUACCUCAGCAUGAAAGAUUAUGUUGGUCAUAAGUACAAAGGCAACUUUAAGGUUGCAACUUUUUCCGGACAAUUCAAACUUAAUUCACAACAGCAACAAUUACGACAGUCUGUUCAUUCGGCUUUACAAAAGGAAAACAUUAACGUUCAUCAAUGGCCAGCUCUCCAAAAUUUUGUUGACAGAGCCAUCGCUCAGGAUGAAGUUAGAGCAGGUGAGGGCUUCAGAGAGAUGUGGCUGGAUUUGGGAUAUGAACAUCAGCAUUUCUUUACCCAUGGAUCCUUCGCAACAGAUCCACUCUUCAUUCAGAUGUCGCCCGAGUCUGAAAGUUCGAUCCUACAAAUUUAUCGUAUAGUGUCAAAAGUACUACCGGAGCUACCAAGAAUAGUGCCUGAGCUUAUGUUCGGACGAUAUUACAAUUUCGGUCUUCACUCUUAUUCUGAGCAACUACUCGACAUCGUUGGAGGUCUGGACAGUCUUACCAGCAUCAGCCGGUUACGGUUGCUUAGUACUAGACUGAAAUGUCGGAGAUUCAGAGAUUAUUGGGAAGCAUUCGCAGAGUAUCAAAAAAUGCGUGAUUGGUGUUUGCAAAGAGGAAUUCGGGAGAUCUUCCCCUCUGGUGAUUGGUUUCGGGUAUUCUACAAUUUGAUAAGAGUGGGUAUUUACGACAUAAAAAGCACUCCUUCUCUACCAGUAGAGAUUUUCGAGGAGCUGAUGACGGACUUCGACAAUCACGCGCAAGAAAAGGAGCAUAUAAGACUUAAGAUAAUUAGGCUUGCUCUGGACCAUUAUGGCAAAAGCGCAUCUAAAGCUGUUGGAUCGAAAUGGCGCAUGUAUCAUCAGCAGGUCAUCGCUAUCAUUCAUGAAGGAUUGGUGAAACGCUACGGUGACGAUUUGAAUGGCGACGUUAUUACUUUCACCUCUUUGCUUGAAGCUUAUAGUCGUGUAGGCUUGCCUAAUUCAGCUAUGGAGAUAUGGAAUCAGAUGGUCAAUUUGAAUGUCGAGAUUGAUGCUGCCACAAUCGCGGUCAUCUUUGAUGUUUGCGGACGCAACGGUCGUCUACCUGAUGCAAUUAAAAUCUUUGAAUGGUUGCAGCAUGGCGAACGUUUCUUAGAGGUAAUGGGAAAAAAUGUUUGGGAUUCAUGGUUAGAAUGCUUGUGCAGAUGUAACGCACUUCAGGAAGCCAUAGACUUUACAUUUCAUCUCAUGGAGCCUAAAUUGCGAGAACGUGCAGAAGUGUACAAGAACGCGGAAACAGUCACCACGACCAAGGAUAUAUAUUAUAAAAUGAUAGAAAGCGAACUGACGAAGGAAAGUGAUCUCAAAUAUCCCGACAAGCAAGACUUAGUAAUCCAGUCGCAACAGCUACGGAAAUAUUCAUCGAAAGGUCUUUCAACGUACGCACCGGAUGCCAAAACUUUUUCUUUGCUACUAGGUUUCUCCCAUGUUAAGCACAAACACGAUUCUUACGGUUUCACUCAUCCUGAACUGCACGCUGAACUCUUACAACGAUUAUAUCAAGAUUACCCUGACCUUGUGCCUUUCAUCGAUAAGCAUAUACUCGUACCAAUAUAAUGUAUAAGUAGCGUCAAUUCUCGUUGUGCUGGUGAUAAAAUGUAUUCUCAAUAUCUUAUAUACCUCUGAACAGUAUCAGCCAUUUCGAAUGUUAUAUUCACCUAUCGCAAUUUCUCAUUGUAUUUACCCUUCAUUUCUUUCCUCACUAUAGGAACGAUUAUGAGCAGUCUUCUUAUAGCAGCUUCUUAUCAUCGUUUGAAUUUCACUGAUAAGUUGGG